GGAUGAGACGAGAUCGUUAAGCUGGAGAUAUUUUUUGAUUCUCGUGUGGAUUCACCAGACGAUCAACGGCUCCAGUGCUCGACGCUGGCGCCGUCUGGAUUAUUUUUCCUCCAAGGGGCCGGGAAAAUUGACUCACGGCAGAGGCGUUGCGCAACGGUGCGGUGCUGAGCUAAGUCAAGCUCAUGUUGACCGCAGAUUAAGACCCUAGCUAGCGCCAUUGUUGUCCGCCUUAUUACUCGAUCGACGGUGGUCUCCGAUUUCAACGAGAGGAGGAGGAAGACGACACGCAUCCGUGUGCAAGAGGAUCAGAUUAUUCCCCUGCCCCGGUUGCUAUCCUCUUGCACAUCCUUUUCGGCACUUCGGGUUUGCAGGAUACAGAGGACUCUGUGCGGAUAUGGGCGAUGCGGGUGAAAUUCAUCUUCAGAUUGCAGGUACACGAGGCGAAGAUGAAGCUCGAGCCGUAGCUGGCAAUGGCACGUCCCCGGCGCCACCGUCGGUGUCGGAGCGCGUACAAUGGUGGGCGGUGGUGCUCGUCAACAUCGUGCUCGUGCUUGCCGGGCAGAGCGUGGCGAACCUCCUCGGCAGGAUCUACUACGACCAGGGCGGCGGCAGCUUGUGGAUGGCCACGGUGGUUCAGUCCUGCGGCACGCCGCUCGCCAUCCCGCUGCUCCUCUACUUCGGGCGCCGCCCAAAGGCCACCGCGACCGCGGUGACGCGGCCGCCGCUCCUCAAGAUCUCGGCCAUCUACGCCGGCCUGGGGGUCCUCCUCGCCGGCGACAACCUGAUGUACUCCUACGCGCUGCUCUACCUGCCGCUGUCGACCUACUCGCUCGUCUGCGCGACGCAGCUCUCCUUCAACGCCGUCUUCUCCUACUUCCUCAACAAGCAGAAGUUCACCGCGCUCAUCCUCAACUCCGUCGUGCUGCUCACCUUCUCCGCGGCGCUCGUCGGCGUGAGCCACGGCUCGGACGGGACCAACAGCAGCGUCCCGGAGGGGAAGUUCCCUCUGGGGUUCGCGCUGACGCUGUCGGCGUCGGCGCUCUUCUCCCUGAUCCUGUCCCUGAUGCAGCUGACCUUCGACAAGGUGCUCAGGAGCGACACCUUCUAUGACGUGAUGGAGAUGCAGUUCUGGAGCAACACCGCCGCGGCCAUCGUGUCGGUGGCCGGGCUGUUCAUCUCCGGCGAGUGGAGCACCCUGCACGGCGAGAUGGACGGGUACAAGAAGGGCAGGGUGGCCUACGGGAUGACGCUGGCGUGGACGGCCAUAUCGUGGCAGCUGACCACCAUGGGCCUGAUGGGGCUCGUCGCGUCGGUGUCGUCGCUCUUCACCAACGUGAUCAGCACCGUGGGGUUGCCGCUGUCGCCCAUCAUCGCCGUCAUCUUCCUCGGCGACCGGAUGGACGGAGUGAAGGUGCUGGCCAUGCUCGUUGCCGUAUGGGGCUUCUUGUCCUACAUCUACCAGCACUACCUUGAUGAUGCCAAGGUGAAGAAGAUACUGGCUGAGAGAUCAGCCGAACACCGGACUGUAAAACUCGCUACAGAGUGAACAGAAUUCGCCGGAAUUCGAGUUGACACUCUGCUCACCAGACUGUAAAACUAGCUGUGGAUAGGACUUCCUAUAGGUGCCAACUCUAUGAUGAGCUUUGCUACCGUUUUAACUCACGAGGUGCCGUGGCAUCUUUUUGUUGGUUAUGAUCGCAGGCUUCACAUCGAAAUUCAGGGGCGUGUGUGGGAGAUUAGGGGGGAUUUAUGUAUGUAUGCCAUAGUUUUGUACUGUACAUCCGUAUCAACACGUGUGAUUUUUUUUAGAA